AUUUGCUUGCUUUGCCGGCAGCGUGGGCAUAGUCUUAAGAAUUGCCCAGAGAAAAGUGAUACAAAGGAGAAAAGCUUGUGUUAUAACUGUGGAGAAGCUGGGCAUUCUCUUUUGAAGUGUCCUCAUCCCCUUCAAGAUGGGGGUACAAAAUAUGCCAACUGCUUUGUCUGUAAAGAACAUGGGCAUUUGAGUAAGAACUGUCCAAAAAAUACACAUGGAAUCUAUCCAAAGGGUGGUUCAUGUAAGAUAUGUGGUGAAGUAACUCAUUUGGCUAAGCAUUGUCCAAACAAAGGAAACAAAAAUUCAGCCUCUUCUUUUGGACAGCAAAGAACAUGUAAGCUCCUAGCGAAUUCUGCAUCUGGAAUGGCUGUGAAUGACGAGUGUAAGCUCAAGUUUUUGGAGCUGAAGGCAAAGAGGAACUUUCGUUUCAUUAUCUUCAAGAUCGACGAGAAGAUACAGCAGGUCACUGUGGAGAAGCUUGGCCAGCCCGAUGAGAGCUAUGAUGAUUUCACUGCAAGCUUGCCUGCUAAUGAAUGCCGCUAUGCUGUGUUUGAUUUUGAUUUUGUUACCGAUGAGAAUUGCCAGAAGAGCAAGAUCUUCUUCAUUUCUUGGUCUCCUGAUACAUCAAGGGUAAGGAGUAAGAUGCUAUAUGCUAGCUCCAAGGACAGAUUUAAGAGAGAACUUGAUGGCAUCCAAGUUGAGCUACAAGCAACAGAUCCAAGUGAGAUGAGCCUUGAUAUUGUCAAAGGGCGAGCUUUCUGAAGAGCAGAUUGUUCAUCCUCUGCUUAACUCUGGGCCAGAAGUUUCACUAAAUGAGUUAUUGGUCUUUAUAUUUGAUGAUAUUGAUAUGAUCAAUUCUUCAAACCAUGUUCAAAAUGUUAUAUGUAUUCUUUUUCUUGUUGAAGUUUUUAAGAAACGUGACUUGAUUGUGACUAAAGGCAUUUUAUUGAUGUAAAAUAGAUAUUCAGAUUAAGCAUUUGCUAUUUUUCUUUGAUGAAUA